CACCAUUGCCAAACUGCCCAAAAGAGGAGAGAGGAGAGAGAGUCAGAGAGAGAAGAAUCCAAAAACCUAAAAAGAGAAAGAAGAUAGAAAGGGGAAGGGAGCGAAAGUAGAGAGCUUCUUGACCCUUCAAUCUCUCAUUCUUCAAUUCCAAGAAUUGACUGUACAGAGAGUAACACAGACAUGAAGACAGAGGAAGGAAAGAGGGAGGGAGGGGAGGGGGCGAGUGAAUGAGAUUCGUGAAUCUGUGAUUAUGGUGUCUCAUUUUCAGGUCACGGUUGGUCAUUUCCCGUGAAAUUGUGAGGUGGGUAUUGUUUGUUUUUGGGCUUUGUUGGCCAUGGACACGCCUCCAGCUGAAGAGCUGUUGAGGAAGAUCCAGGAGCUGGAAGCGGGUCACGCGCAUCUCAAGGAAGAGAUGUCAAAGCUGAUGGUUUCUGGACCCAAAUCGGACCAUGGGCAUCAGAGGUCGCACUCGACAUCGCCGCAGAGGUCGAGGUUUUCGUCGCCGGUGACAUCGUCAUGGAGAAAGGGAAGCGGUGGGUUCGACGGACCGGCGGGGUGGAGGAGGGGGUCGGCGUCGUUCCGGCAUUCGUCGCCGUUGCAGAGGGAGAGCCGAAGUCGUGAUCCUUCAAGCACUGCCGGCGGUGGUGGUGGCCCGGCGGCUUACAAAUUUAAUGAUAAGCAGUAUGUGAAUAUUUUGCAGAGCAUGGGGCAGUCAGUUCAUAUAUUUGAUCUCAAUGGUCGUGUAAUCUACUGGAAUAGAACUGCUGAAAAACUUUAUGGUUAUUCAGCUGAAGAAGCCCUCGGUCAGCAGGCCAUUGAGCUCCUAUCGGAUGUCCAGGACUACGCUAUUGCUAAUAAUAUAGUGGAUCGAGUAUCAAGGGGGGAGAGCUGGACUGGGCAGUUCCCUGUGAAGAAUAAGAUGGGCGAGAGGUUUCUAGCCGUUGCUACCAACACUCCAUUCUAUGAUGAUGAUGGUACAUUAAUUGGGAUUAUUUGCGUAUCUAGUGAUUCGCGGCCCUUUCAAGAAAUAAGAGUUGCAAUGUCCAAUGAGAGGCAAUCAGAAGCUAAUGCGAGCUAUAAUCGUUCCCGAAGCAGUAGUGCUACGGCAAAGCUUGGUCUUGAUCCUCAGCAGCCUAUUCAAGCUGCAAUUGCCUCCAAAAUAUCAAAUCUGGCUUCCAAGGUGAGCAACAAAGUUCGGAAAAUUAAGGCUGGGGAGAACAAUGUGGUUCGCGAGGGUGGGAGUGGAGAUAGUCAUCAUUCUGAUCAUGGUUUCUCAGAUGCAGCUUUCUCUGACCAUAGGGAGGAUGCAACUUCAAGUGGAGCUAGCACCCCCAGAGGAGAUGUGGCACCAUCUCCUUUUGGCAUAUUUUCUCAGGCAACUGCUGAUGAGAAGUCCCCAGGAAAGAACUUAAGAGAUUCUGGUGAUGAGAAUGAAGGGAAACCUGGGAUCCACAGGGUUAUUACCUCCAAGGCAGAGGCAUGGAUUGGCAAGAAAGUUAUGUCAUGGCCAUGGAAAGGGAAUGAACGGGAAGGGUCGGAGGUAAAGACAAACCGGUUUGGUUGGCCCUGGUUGCAGAAUGAUCAUGAGAAUGACAUGGUCCAACCAAAGAAUCCCAAUUUUGGUGCAAAAACCGAAAACCUGGUGGGUGAAAGUAAUCGGCACGGGAAUAAUGAUGCUUCAGGGUCCUGGUCUUCAUUUAAUGUUAACAGCACGAGCAGUGUAAGUAGCUGUGGCAGUACCAGCAGUAGUGCUGUUAAUAAAGUGGACAUGGAAACUGACUGCUUGGAUUAUGAAAUUUUGUGGGAAGACUUGACUAUUGGAGAACAGAUUGGGCAAGGAUCUUGUGGAACCGUAUAUCAUGGUCUUUGGUAUGGAUCAGAUGUUGCUAUCAAGGUGUUCUCCAAGCAGGAAUAUUCAGAUGACGUGAUACUUUCAUUCAGACAAGAGGUAUCUCUCAUGAAAAGGCUUAGACAUCCAAAUGUUCUGCUCUUCAUGGGUGCAGUAACUUCACCUCAGCGUCUAUGCAUUGUCACUGAGUUCCUUCCACGUGGAAGUUUAUUUCGGUUACUCCAAAGGAACACAUCCAGACUAGAUUGGAGACGACGUGUACUCAUGGCUUUGGAUAUAGCACAAGGCAUGAACUAUCUUCAUCAUUUCAACCCACCUAUCAUCCAUCGUGAUUUGAAGUCUUCAAAUCUUCUAGUUGAUAGAAACUGGACUGUGAAGGUUGGUGAUUUUGGUCUAUCACGUCUCAAACAUGAAACAUAUCUCACAACAAAGACUGGGAAAGGAACGCCUCAAUGGAUGGCUCCAGAGGUUCUCCGUAAUGAACCCUCAGAUGAGAAGUCUGAUGUAUAUAGUUAUGGAGUAAUAUUAUGGGAGCUUGCCACUGAGAAGAUCCCUUGGGAUAAUCUCAACACAAUGCAGGUGAUUGGAGCUGUUGGUUUUAUGAACCAACGGCUUGACAUCCCAAAAGAAGUGGAUUUACGAUGGGCUUCUAUAAUUGAGAGUUGCUGGCACAGUGAUCCCCGGAGUAGGCCAACAUUCCAGGAAUUGCUGGGAAAGUUCAAAGAUAUACUGAGACAGCAAACUAUGCAAUUUCAGGCAGCCCGCGCUGCAGCUGGAGAUAACACCCAAAAGGAGUUGUAGAGAGCCAAUGCUUUUUUGCUCCUGCUAUUUUCACUUAACAGCCAGCAGAAUCAUUGGCACUUUUUUGGAAACAUUUACAUCCACAAUUGGUAGGCAGAUGGCCACACAAGUUGCCGCAAAUGCUUUUGGCAUUGGGCCACUAAGAGCGAAGGGAGAUUCUAGCUCAUUGCAGCGGAAGAAAUGGCCAAAGAGAGUGGUACUUAACUUUGUGAGCUGUCUAGUUUUGAUGGCGAUUGGCCGGGUUGGAUUGUGUUAUGUUAGUGCAGGUUUGUUUAUGGACACCAUAAAAACCUUUUUCUGUUCCCAUGCGAUUGAAUUGAAUUCAUGUUAUUAUAAUCAUUUGUAAUCCACGAAAAAAAAAAACCAUGUACAAAAAAAACAUCGACGGUUAUUUGAGUUAGAUUAAUCUCUUGCUUUAAUUCCUUCGUA